AUGAAAACAAGCAAAGAAAAUAAAGCUUAGGAAGUCUUAUACGCUGCUGAAGAGUUUUAAACUAAAGCAACAAUUUCUGAGACUAUAGAAUUAAAGUUUUUUCAAUAACUAAAUGCUAAGAAGUUCUCAGGUCUUAGCAAGAAAUUAGAAGAGUCUAAUAGGCAUUUAAGUCAGAUAGAGAGUAAUGUGAAUCUCACAGAUAUCAAGUUAUCAAAUUAGAUUGAGCAGCUUAGUUUCAAAAUGGAUUAAACACUGAGUCACAUUAAUACAUUCAAGGAUGAGUCCUAGAAGAUUUAGUAGAAGAUUGAGACAUUUAACAUUAACAUAAGCAAGUGCUAUGAGGACAUCUUAGAAUUUAAAGAUCAUAUGGGUGAUCUCAUCACCAGUUUUAAGAUUGAAGUAUAUGUAAACUAGGAGACGAUACUGAAAGAUUUAUUGAAUUUACAAGAAUAGAAAAAGACUAAUUCCUUUGAUGUAGAGAAAAACAGGUAACUACUCGAGAAGUUUGAUUUGAAGUUAGAGUAAUACAAAAGUGAACUAACGAAUAAAAUGGAAUCUUUUAACCCCUUAGACUUUAAUUUGAUGGAGAAAGACUUCUUUAAUUAGGAGAUGUAAAAAACUUAUAAUUUCAUUAGAGAAAGAUGCCAAGAUUUAGCUUCACAAGUGAGACACUUAGAAAAAUUUGUAAAUGUUGUCGAAUCAAUGUAAGAUAAGUCUGAGUUACCCUAAAAUGAUAAAAUACUAGAAGAUGAAAAAAGUGCUCUAUAAGAUGUAUAAAAUGAUAUAGGAGCAUCCAAUAUACCACCUUAAAUUUCUUAAAAAACAAUCAUAUAAAGAGAAAUUAUGACUUAGUAGAGUAAUUACAACAAUACUACCUAAAAAAAGGCAUUUUUCAAAUCUUAAGAUGAUUUCUAUGAUGGUAAAAUAAGUGUGUAAAAUAGAAAAAACUCAAACAUAUACUCUUAGCAAAAUCAAUUAAUGGGUAGUGUCUAUAAUAAAUGA